GUGAAACACAACAGCCAAUGGAUUGAUCAUGAAGAAUCCAUUAUGAUUUUUGAUGUUGAUUAUUGUCUGUACGAAAAUGCUGAACUUAGAGCUGCAGAGAGUGCCUUCAUUAAUACAAGAGAACGAGAACUAUUUGGAGACUCGGAAAUGACAUUUAAACAACUUAAGAAAAAACAUGGCUCGAUGAAAAUAGGACUUAUGAAGGACUAUGGAAUGACUAUUGAGCAAAUAAAGCAGAAUGAUUUUAUGGACACAUGCAAGUUCCUGAAACCAGACGAUGAGCUGAAAGGACUAUUAGAAAGCAUUCCAUUAAAAAAAUAUUGCCUAACUAACGGCUUUGGUGAGAAGAUUAAAAGUAUCCUUGAGGCUUUGGGUAUUAAUGAAUGUUUUGAAAAGAUAUACUGUUCAAACGACGAGAAUAUUGAAGAAGACUGGAUUCUCAAGCCAAAGGAAUCAGCAUUUAAAUUUCUGAUGAACGAUUUAGGAAUAGACCCGGGAAAGGUUAUAAGCAAGCAGUUUAAAAUAUAUUAUUUUGAUGACUUGCUAGAAAAUGUCAUGGCUGCAAAGGAAUUAGGCUGGGAUGCCAGGAAAGUAACUAAAGAAUCAGCAAUUCAUGAUGCACUUCGUAAAUUUAUCACGGAGAAGUUUGGUUCAUCGCCACUUUUAUUAAAUACGAUGACGUCCCGUCCAUCUGAGCUGAGUGUAGCUGAUGUCCAAAAUUAA